AGAGAGAUGACAGAAGAACGGGCGUGGCUUGAGUCGGAACCCUAAAAUAACAACAGCUUUAUCUUAAAUCCACGCAAUAGUACUUUAAACAUAAUACUAGAUUAUUUCCAAUAAACGAGAACCCUACAAGAGUGACAGCAGCGGAUCAAGCAUGUCUCGACACGUAAGCGGUGGAUUGUGGAGUAUGAAGACUGGUGAAGUUGAUGGCUGUUCACUGAGCAAUGACGGCACACCUACUGUGAGAUGCAGAGGCGUCAGUCCUGCCAGUGACAGUAUGGGGAUGAAUGGCACUUCUAUUGAAAUAAAUGGAGCAGAACAAAAGAGGACUCUGGGGGAGAUUCUUGCCUACUGUCAGGUUACAUAUGGAGCCAUUCUGAAACUUGAGGAAAAGUUUGACAUGCUUCAGGCUAAAGUAGCAAACAUACAGACCCUUCAUGAGAAUCCAUCGGCUCUGCUCUCUCAGAAGACGUGUGUGUCAUCUGGUAAACCAGACAGCUUCCAGAGCAGGAGUGAAAGCUUGCCAACUUCUAGGCUCUCUAUGCCACAUCUGCCUCACAGUUCUACAUCACUUUCUGUGGAGAGCAGGAAACUUCCCACACCGUCUCCCGGUCCAGAGGUUGUCCAGAAUCAAUCCCAUAACUCUGAACAAAAAGCAUUGCUCGAGAUGAAUCUCACAGAACAACAGAAGGGGCGAGUGAACAGUCCAACUCGAAUCAACACCGAUAGCACUGACCCGGCCGAAAGAACCACUCCUGCAAACUCAGGUUGUGUGGGUAAAUCCGAGAGGAAAGUUUUCCUUCCAUACAGUGUCUUGCAUAAGGCAGGUAAAAUGGCUCGACCCAGCGCAGCGGUGCGGUACCUCUUACGAAACAUGUUCACAACUGAGGAACUUUCUCAAAGCAGCACAAGCAGAAAUCCAACCCGACAUCUGAAGAGACUCGACCCGAACAAGAUCAGUGCCAUCAGAGAAUGGGCUGGCAAGAGGUAUCCGAAAUUUGAUUUCCGUGAGAAAGGCAAAGAAUGGAAAAUUUGUUUGUCUGUAAUAAACUCAAUGGCACGAUACUUUCGCUUUGUGGGUAAGACACAGAAGCAAAAGUUGAAUGCAACUAAAAUGGUUCCAUCAAAAGAAGACGUUACACCUGCAGGUACUGCUGAGAUUGAUGUUGAGCUGUCUGACAGUGACACCGAGCAGAAACCGCAAGAGAUGCAGAGGAGAAAAAUAAACUCAAUGUCUCACUGUGACAGGCCCGCUGAUAUGAACUAUAACAGAGCUGAAUACGACCUAGUAUAUAUCGGGUCCAGUCAUCGAGAAGUGAAGGUUCCCGAAUCUGCCUUGACUGCAGCACAUAUGCGCAAGCGUCCCGAGCACAUAGCACGAUAUCUCAUCAAAUUCAUCUUCCCAGAGGAUGUACUGGUACACAGUAACGUCUACGGGGCUCGAACUGGCAUGGAUCCCCUUGACCAUAACAAGAUAUCUGCACUCCGGGAACACCUGUUAGAGCAUUUUCCCUGGAUGAAGCUGGAAGAGGAUGGAUGUGACUGGAAGGUUUGCGUUGGUGCUAUGAACAGCACCAUCCGCAAGUGUCGAUUGGAACGGAAGAUGGGCACUAAAGAUGGGCACUAAAAAUA